AUGAUGGAUUCUGCCUAUUCUUUCCGCCAAUUUUUGGCCUUCGGAUUGUUCGUUUUCCUGAUUAUUGGUGGUCGGUGCCAAACGGAAACUCCUGAAAGCCAAGCCUCAGUUCUAAAGGCUUUUCUUGCUGAUGGAGAGAUCGACAAAUUCGUUGAAUACAUCUCUGCUAACUCCGUUGAUCUCGCAGUCAUCAAGGAUGAAAAUCGGCGGUCUUUUCUACACUGGUUUGCUGAUAUUCCGGAAAAUAUCAGCCCGGAACACGGACAAAUCCUGCGUAAAUUCCUCGCUAAUGUCUCAUCCUCAUCCAACGUGAAUGUAAACGAACCGGACAUUGACGGGAACACUGCCCUACACGCUGCAAUUUUGAAUAAGAAAAAUAAUUAUGUAGUGCUUUUGCUCGCGCUUUUCGGCGCUAAUCCCAUCGCUGCCAAUAAAAACGGAUCCACUCCGUUGCAUUUGGCAGUCAACAGUGGGGAUGUGGCACUAGUCAACAAGUUUUUGAACACUGUGUCGGAUGCCGCAUCUCCUGUUCGUGUUUUGUACGCGUCUGAUGCUCAAAGCAAGACAGCGUUGCACAUGGCCGUGGAAAAGGAUUUGUUUGCGAUGGUACCUGCUUUAUGUCAACCGUUGAACGAAAAACAAAAGGAGACGUACAUUCAUCACCGUCCAUUCGGAAAUCCAUCCGCCUUCCAAUCAGCAAUAUCUCUUCUACGAGAGCGAAUCCUGCAUUUUUUCAUUGUGAACACUAAAACCGUAGUUUUACUCCAGAGACGAAGUCUGGAGGGCUCAACUGCUUUGCAGGCCUCACUUCAGUUCAAGUCGACCAAGAUAACGAUCGUUUUAUUGGAACGAUUUGCGGGUGACGUGGCGCAGCUUUAUUACGAAGACUUGUACGGCAACAACAUUUUGCACUACGCUGCCAAAUAUGGGCGAGCGGACGUUUUCAUGGCGGUGUUGGAAAGGACGCCUCCGGGGGAUAAGCAGCAAUAUUUGAGGUCCAUGUCGGCUGCUCAGCACUGGACUCCGCUUCAUUUCGCUGCCGCGCAUGCCAGAGAAAACGUUGUUCAGCUGAUUGUAUCGCAAAUAACAGAAGGCAUCGAUUCGAUCGACAAGAGCGGACUGACUCCGUUGAUGGUGGCUGCUGGCGUGUGUUACCAGUUUGAGAACGGGAAUCUCCCCGUUUUGACCAUCUUGGUGGCGAGUGGUGCAAGCAGAGACCUGCGGAAUACUCACGAUCAGAACGCCAAAGGGAUGUGCGUUGCUCAGGAGCAUCUGACCUGCAAGUGCGACAUUCUGUCUCCUUCUGCAGUUACUCCUACAAAAACCAGUGCGUGCGUCGCAGAAAUCAACAAAGUUUAUGGACAGUCACCGGGGUCAUCUGUCAAGGAGACGAGUCGAGAACCCGGAGAACUCUUUACUUUCAAUGUACCAUUGAGUACGGUACCUCUGAGUUUGAAUACUGAACUGGAAGAAUCGAAGGCUGAUCCAAAUCGGACCCCGAGGUUCAACCACGUUUGUGGUCGACUGAAAAACAAAACCCCUUGUUUCCACGUUGAAAUAUUGAACAAUGGUCGUUUCAUCGGCAGUGGAGCGAUUGUCGACGAGGAUUUCGUCUCCGCGUCGGCUUCGAUCUUCCAAAGUUCCUCGGCGAUUGCAGUUUCUCCGAACGGAAUUGCUGUAAAAUUGACAACUGGUUCGAGGCGAUCGCUGCGAGUUUCGCGUAUCUUUUGGAAUCCUGGUUCGAGACAAAACGCGCUUGGCGAAGAUGUUGCAUUAUUGCACCUUGCUGGGAAUUUUGAUUUCGUCGCGGAUGAAGCCUGUCCAAUUUGCUUGCCGACGAGCAGCUUUGAUUCAAGAUGCUUUCAAAGCUUGUCAGGAAAUUGCUUCGUGAUUGGAUCGAAGCAAGGAAAUCCAAAACGUGCUCCGAAUGGUCCGUGGCUUUUGUAUACUGCUCCACCCGCUCAAGCUGUUCAGGAAUGUGCGAAUAUUUGGAACGGAAACAGAACUUUGCCGUCAUCUGCGUUUUGUGUACAGAAUGCUGACGGUUGGUGUACAUCAACUUCUGCUUCAUUCGUUUGUGUGCAUAAUGAUGUUGUGAGGCUGUUCGGUCAUCAGACGCUUCCUAGAGAUUUGAAGAGUGUCCAAGACUGUCCUCGUUACAAUGCUCAAAGCAUCAUGAGCCUUUUAUCUCCAGACAGGACCAGAGCUUUUUACAGGGCCACCUUUGGUGCUGUUCCUCUGCAGCAGUCAUCCGUACUCACCAGCGAAGGAGAAGGAUUCAAGCCUGGCGUUUGCGAAGAGAAGACAGAUACGUUUCUGGAGAUCAGUGCAAUGUCUUGUCCGGGCUCGUCCAGCAAUUUAGACUCUGAGACGGUGAUCAAAGAAAGACCUUCAGGAUCCAAGACUCGAGUGACGAGUAAAAUAGACAAAGCCUGCGUGGGCCAAGAUGGUCGAUUUCUUCCCGGAACCGAAGUCCAUUACAAUUGCUCUGUGACCUAUUACAAACUGGUCGGCCCGCAAAAAUUGAAGUGUGGUUCUCGAGGUUGGCUUGGAAAGCUGCCUUCUUGUCAACUGAUAUGCGGUCGAGUCCACGGAACUGUGCUGAACGGAUCCCCGGCAAACAAGACUGACAUGCCUUGGGCCGUAGGUCUCUUCAACGAAAAGAAGCAGUUGUUUGAGUCUCAAGUGGACUCUGAACCCGUGCGAAUAUUUUGCGGUGGUUCGCUGAUCAGCACGAAUUUCGUCCUCACUGCUGCUCAUUGUCUACAACCGAGACCCGCGAAGCUCGUUUUCUACGAACCUGAAGACAUUUUCGUUCUCGUUGGCCUGCGAAAUAAUUACGAUCCGCGGGAAGUUGCUGUUGCCCCGAAAGAACAGGUUGCUGAAAUAAUAAUCCACGGCAGUUAUGAAGCCUGGGAGCUGCAAAACGACGUGGCUUUGCUGCGUCUGGAAUCGCACGUCAAGUUGAACGAGCGAACUCAAGUAAUCUGUUUGCCGCCGCCGAACGUGUUCGCGGCGGAAGAUUUCGAACUGGCCAAAGUGGCGGCUUGGGGCUCAACUGGCUUCGACUCGAAGGGAAAGCAGUCCCUGAUGAUUGGAAACAUCUCGUUGCGCAAAUGCUCCGGCAAUGAAAGCGUAUUGUGCUCUGGCCAUAUCACCGAUAUACCUGGUGAACCUUUGGCGCUGUUGUGUCGGGGGGAUUCUGGUUCACCGGUUAUGGUUGAAACCUCGCUCAAUCCCGGUGCAGGGGAUAGAAAGUUCUAUCAAGUCGGAAUUGUCAGCGGGAAACGAUCUAGAACGACUUGUGAAGACAUCGUCGCUGCUGGAGUUGAUCAUGUGGAGAAUCGUGACGUACGGAUCAUGGACGUUGCAAGCUACGUUGACUGGAUUAGCGAAAAGAUGGCGUCCUGAAAUCCGAAAUGUGAACUAGAUGUUAUAAAUUGAAUCGCGCUCGGUAUUGUUUCGGACCGUUCAAUAAAGUUUUUCAAAUCUCAAUCAAGACCCUUCGCACUUUGCCGGAUUCCGCUCAAAGGUCACUUUCGCUCUAUGUCGAUAAAUUGAUUAAUGCUGACAUUCAUAAAUCAUAGGACUACCCUGGAAUGGUCGCGUCGUUGUGAUAUUUAUCGUUUCCUUUGACGUGUACGUUUCAUUGGAUUUCCUGACGCAAAUAUUUCGUGUUCGUCAUCGCUGCCUGGAACAGCUGCCGUGCUUCCAUGUACAGUACUGCUCCAUGCAGAUAUUUUUCCAGUAUUCAAAACUAUUCCAAGAUUUGUAUCAACUUGAAAAGUAUGUGACGACUUAUUGUCGACUGAAUUUUUUAACCGUUUUAGAUUAUGAAACCGAGUUUAAUUUUUGAAGGAGAAGUUUUCCUUUUGUAAUCCUGCCAGGUGAGGGUCUUUAUAGCUGAAUUUUUAGAUCUGAAGAUGUGAUUGAAUCGAAUAUUUUUGAAACGUAUCUUGAUCUAGCAGUAAUAAGAAAGGGAACCAGCUUUUUCAAAGUUUCCUCUUGGAAUGUGGGUAAUGUUAUUUCAGUGUGAA